AUGUACGCGGGGAACUCGCCCAUCGGGGAGAACGCCGGCGAGCGCACGCACUCGAACGUGUGGCGCGACACGUCCGAGGAGGAGAUGUACGGCAGCUACCUGGGCCCAGGCGCCAACGACGCCGGCAGCGACGUGCCCAUGAUGCGCCCCACCAUGAACGCGCGGCCCUCGACGGCCAUCCACCAGGAAAUCGCCGUGGGCCAGCUGGACCUGGACGAGUCCGCCGCCGGCGCGGGCGCGCGCAAGUCGUACUCGGGCCGCAAGGUCGUGUGGCCCGGCGCGCUCUUCCUGCUCGUGGUCUCGGCCGCUGCGCUCGCGCUCAUCGCGUACUUCGGCGUGGAGCAGUACAACAGCGCGCAGUCGCAGCAGGCGCUGACCGAGUCAGCCACGGAGGUGGACAGCGCGCGCAAGAGCACGAGCGUCAAGAGCUGCCUGCUGCCCGACUACGUGACGUCCAACGGCAAGAUCUACGCCACCGACAGCCGCACGGGCGACAAGGAGCAGCUCGUCUUCACGGGCAUCAACUGGAGCGGCAUGGAGAACGCCGAGGGCGUGCCGCACGGCCUGGCCACCAAGCAGAGCUACCUGGACGACAUCGCGGCCAACCUGUCGGACAACGGCUUCAACGCCGUGCGCCUGCCGCUCAACGCGCAGAUGGUCAUCGACAACUCGGCGCCCAACACCAAGCUCUUCGUCAACAGCCUCGACACGGACCUCAACGUCGACACGUACAUCGACAUGAUCAAGAAGGUCGUGCAGGGCCUCGGCAAGCAGCAGAUCGGCGUGCUGCUCGACAUCCACAAGAUCGACCCCAACUUCACGGACGACACGUCCGAGCACCUGUGGUACACGGACGACUACCCCAUCGCCACCAUCUACAAGAUGUACGAGACGCUGGCCACCGAGCUCUGCAGCGACCUCGAGUACAACAUCAUCGGCAUCGACCUCAAGAACGAGCCCGUGGGCGGCUGCUGGCCCGAGGACGACACGGACGACUACUGCGACGCGGACGUCAACUGGCCGCGCGCCGUCGAGACCAUCGGCAACAAGAUCCUGGCCAUCUGCCCCAACUGGCUCAUCGUGGCCGAGGGCAACUACAUGACCAGCUCCACCACGGAGAUCAACGGCGUCAACGUGACGUACAACGACUGGUACGGCGCCAGUCUGCAGAACGCCAGCAUCAACCCCAUCAAGCUCGACACGACCGGCAAGCUCGUCUUCGCGCCGCACUUCUACUCGCCCAGUGUGUAUCCGUCGUCCUACUUCUUCAAGAAGCAGUCCUCCAGCGGCGACACCGUGUCGGUGACCGAGUACCCGAACACGACGGCCGGCAACGAGCUGCUCAAGGCCGCCCUAACGGCUGUGCUGGACAACGCCUUCGGUAACGCCGUGACGGAGGCCGGCGUGCCCACGUUCUACGGCGAGUUCGGCGGUAUUUACGGCUCGGCCGAGCUGCUGGAGGGCCUCACGAGCACGCGCGUCAUCGAGAUGCUCAUCGAGUACGCUAAUGAUAUGAACAUGACGGGCGGCUUCGCGUGGGCCAUCAACCCGGACGGAUCCUACGACUUCAACGACGAGUACAAGCCCGACGACCCGUGGCAGUACGGCCUGUACACGAGCUCGUCGUGGGACGCGUACCACACGGACUUCGCCACGGGCCUACAGAACCUCAAGGGCAGCGGCUCGUUCCCGUGCUUCUCCAAGGUCACGACGGUGACGUCCUCGACGUCCGGCAGCGGCAGCGCCACCAUCACGGUGGACUCGACGACCAGCAGUGGAUCAAGUGCGACUGCCACGACGACGACGACUUCUACGGCUGGUUCCACCACGUCUUCAGGUUCCAGCGCUGCUGCGACGACGGCGGCUACCACUACGACUACGUCCACGGCGUCUUCAAGUGCGACGGCCACUGCGGUUUAGAGUGACGGGUUGAUGAACGCGACUGGCCCUUCCUGUGUAAUAUGCGUCCGGCCACGCAAGUUUUUGCCUCUAGUUGCCCCGUCGUCCUCGUGCGCACUGGGGCUGUGCAUGCCUUCUUCAUUUUCGCCUUUAAUUCUUCCUAAGAAACGUAAAAUGCUCGGAGCUGCAAUCGAAACUGAAAGAGAAGAAAGAACUGGCGGGUAGAACAAACAGGACGUGAGAGCAGCGCCAAUAGGUUGAAUGAAAAGAGAGAUAGUAGUUUGCUAGUGAAGCAGCCACCGCUCCACUGCGUUGCAUUAGAGACCCCACACCGCACCAAAACCUGUCGUUGAACUCACUUUCUCACGCCUCCGU